AUGGCACUCCUUUCUCUGAGCAGAAUUGGAGACGUGGGAGUCAGUGUUACGAAACACCGGACUCUGAAUGUUUUGAAAGGGGUAAUAUCUGAGGAACAACUCCUUGACUGUUCUGACACUGAGAUCCAAGAAGGGCUUAAAGAUGAGGGUGUAACAGCAGCCAGGCGAAUUGUCAUGCGUCGUGAUGGUAGGGAAAUCCCAACCAAGCAUGUGGUCCUUUCUUUUCAGCUACACAGACUUCCUUCCACCGUAAAGGCAGGAUAUAUCAACUGCCACGUCCAACCGUUUGUUCCAAACCCACGACGCUGCUUCAAAUGCCAGCGUUUUGGACACGGAUCACAGGCUUGCCGUGGGAAGACCACUUGCCCAAAGUGCGCCGGUACCGAGCAAGACCAUGUUGUUGAAGCCUGUCAAAAGGAGCUCCACUGUGCAAACUGCAAGGGCAACCACCCCGCCUACUCUCGAUCCUGCCCUCGAUGGAAGGAAGAAAAGGACAUACUUAGAAUAAAAGUAACACAAGACAUUUCGUACAAAGACGCGAAGACACAGUACGAAUUUGCAAACAAGGGCGGUUACGCCGCAGUGGCGCGCAGGGGAGUGGUGCCACUGACAAAAUCCGUAGAGACUCAGACUUCUGAGCCUCUACCCCACACUCCCCAAACAAAAGAGAAGCCAGUGGAGAGUUCUUCUCCAGUGGCUCCGGCUGCUUCUGUAGGUCACCAACAGGCCGCGACGGCCUCGAAGGAGGUUGUCGGUGCCCCCUCAGUUUGGGACGGUGUCCCAAGGGACUCAUCUCAAACUACGAAUCUGAGUAUGGAGGUUGACGACGAUGACUGCUCGUCGCAGAAGUCAACGUCGAGCCUCCCCAACAGUUCUUCUGAAAUGAAAGAACAAAGACAACGUAGAACUGGCAGAGGAAGGGGAUGUAACUCGAAGGAAAAGGCAAAGCAACCACCCCCAAGAGUACAGCCCCCCUGA